GAAGCGAUCUACCAGUCCGUGGCCCAUGCCUCCCCGGCGGGAGCCAUCAUUCGCGUGGGAGAACAAGUACAUCCUUUCAAGCGUCGAUCGCUGAUGCUUCACUCUCCACAGGCUUGGAGACCGGACGUUGGCUUUGUGGUGGCCAUGAAGUACAAGCACGUGCCGUAUGGUCCAGGUGUGUGGCCGGCUUUUUGGUUCUUGAACAGCGAUCGGCCCUGGCCCAGUGGCGGAGAGCUUGAUGUGCUGGAGUACGCCAAUGAUGAAACGGCCAAGGUGACCUUCCACACAGAUCAAAACUGUAGUCUGAACGUUCCCAAGAUGCUGGAGUGCUCAGCGCAGAUGACUGGAGUGGAUCCCGACAUGAUUUCGAGCUGCCUGACCAACUACUCCGGCAAUGCCCUGGGGUGCAUGCCACCACAGGUGCGCAGAGAUGGUGAAUGGUACCUUGGCACAGAAUCGCUGAUGUCCUGGGUCGCACCAUGUGUGCCGUCGGAUCAUCCGGCUCUUUGUGCGGCUCAAGAGGUCAAUCUUAAGUGGUUUGAUGAGCCUUUGAAGAAGGUGAUUUCAUGGCACCCAGAUGUUCAGCUGGAAGCAGCAUCACAGUCUGCCUAUGCCAGUGGCAACCACUUCGAUUUAUGA